UUGGCCGAGGUACCGAUUUUACGAAGGCGACCACUCAUUGUCCACGAAGAUACGGUGUCAGUAAAACCGGUAUUUUACUUCAUUUUUCUUGAUUUUAAGCUGGAAAACAAUCUGGAUUCACAAUGCAUUCGUCAACGACGACACGUUAGUCCGAAUUCCAACGAAACUUGUGGUGGUAGUAUCGUAGCUAAAAGAACAUCACCCUCAGCCAACAUGCAGAUGACCAUUAUCUCUUUUGAGAAGGGUGAGAAGAAAAUCAUCCGAAUAGACGAUGAAGACACUGAAGAAAUUGAUCUGAUGAUAAAGGAAAAACGACAAGAAGACAGCGAUGAACAGGUGCCCACUGUGUGCAAAAUACCACAAACUGAGUCUUGUGUUCCAUCUGCUGUUGUUUCUACCACUGAUAUCACCCCUUCUAUUACUAAAUCAAAAAGUGACGAAACUGACCCAGAAAUUCCCGAAACCACGCCACUCCCUGCUCACCACUCUGCAACUGUUGAGAAAGUUGAGAAAUUUGUUCGACAUGUUUGGGAGGAAGGUUGGAACGUAAUAUCAUUCAACCAUCUGCCUGUCUGGUUGAAAGAUAAUGAUUUCCUUAAGCACUACCAUAGACCACCACUCGCUUCGUUCAGACGUUGCUUCAAAUCUAUUUUUCGAGUACACACUGAAACGGGUAACAUAUGGACUCAUCUUAUUGGUUUUGUAGCUUUUGUUAUACUGACUGGAAUAUUUUUGGUACAUCCAUCUGAAUACACAUGGCAAGAAAAAGCUGUCUUUAUGGCGUUCUUCACCGGUGCCAUACUAUGUCUUGGCUUAUCUUGGGUGUUUCACACAGUGUACUGCCACUCUUACAAAGUGUCGAAAAUGUUCAGCAAAUUGGACUACUCUGGAAUCUCUUUCCUGAUUGUUGGUUCUUUUAUACCAUGGUUAUACUAUAGUUUUUAUUGUGAACACGUGGCCCGCUAUGCAUAUAUUGCUCUGAUAAGCAUAUUUGGAUUAAUUGCUAUAACAGUAUCUCUAUGGGACAAGUUCAGUACACCAAAGUUUCGUCCAUUGAGGGCAGGUGUGUUUAUUGCAAUGGGAUUGAGUGCUGUGAUUCCUGCUAUACACUUUCUCAUUCGUGUAGGCUUCGUCCAAUCUUUUGAGAUUGGUGCUAUAGGUUGGAUGGUCCUGAUGGGUGCUAUGUAUAUCACUGGAGCUGUUCUUUAUGCUGUCCGGGUCCCAGAGAGAUUCUUUCCUGGCAAAUGUGAUAUUGUGUUCCAGAGCCAUCAAAUAUUUCAUGUUCUUGUUGUUGGAGCCGCAUUUGUUCAUUAUCAUGGUAUUUCCAAUAUGGCUGGUUAUCGCUUUGCUAUGGGAGAGUGCAUUGAUGAAGAGUAGAACUAUCAAGUUACACUAAAAUUCCUAUUAUCUCCAUUUUACGGUGUCACUAAUAUACGAUCUUUCUCAAUACAUGCACUUAACACACUUUGUACAGUUUUCGCUGUUGUUUUUCAUGGUCAUUCUUUAAAGAAACAGCAAAUUUUUUUUUUUUUUUACUUUUAUUUAUCUUCGAACACAGGAAUUGUAUCAUAACUGUCCUUUACUUCAUACAGAGAAAUUAACUGGAUAUUGUUGAAGUUUUUACUUCCUAAAAUAUUCAUAUCAUACACCUGUAGACAAUAUGCUGGACAUAAUGACAAUGAAAAUGAUCAGGGUACUUCAUGAUUAGAGUGGUUUAUUUUCAAACACCAGUACAAAGAGGAAUGUAUAAAGAAAGUGAAAAUAAGACAAGAAUUUUUAUGAUAAAUAUUAUGCAAGUUUUAUAGUGAUUUUUUUUGUACUGGUUUGUUUGGUACUGAACACACUGAAUGUUUUUUGUUUAUUAGUUGAUAUAUUUUAUGAGAGUUGGAUUCUUUCAUUCAUUAAUAUGCAUAGAAAAUGUAAAUAAACAAAUGAAAGUAUAAUUUAACA